AUGCUUCCCAAUGAUAUCGGUUUCUUCAUUGAGAAAUACUCAUCUCUGAUUUCUAAGUGUGUCACGGUGAAGAGCUUAAAGCUUGGCAACGCCGUGCACUCUCACCUUAUCAAAACCGCGCUUUUCUUCGACCUCUUCCUCGCCAACGGGCUCAUCGACGCGUACUCGAAAUGCGGCUGCGUAGAAAGUGCCCACAAAACCUUCGAUGACCUUCCGAACAAGAACACACGCUCGUGGAACACGCUGCUCACGUUUUACUCGAAAACGGGUCUCUUCGAAAAGGCUUAUAACCUGUUCGAUAAAAUGCCGCAACGAAACCUCGUUAGCUAUAACUCGCUCAUCUCAGGUUUCGCGCGCCACGGCUUCCAUGAAGAUUCGGUUCAUCUCUUCAGGGCAAUGCAAAAUGGUCGUGACGGUUUAAUGUUAGACGAGUACACGCUUGUUAGUGUUGUUGGAAGCUGUGCUAGUUUGGGUAACGUUAAAUGGUUACGUCAGGUGCAUGCAGUGGGUGUUAUAGCUGGCGUGGAGUGGAAUGUUAUUCUUAAUAAUGCUUUGAUUGAUGCUUAUGGAAAAUGUGGAGACCCCGAUGUGUCGUGUUCUGUGUUUUGUUGGAUGCCAGAGAGAAAUGUUGUGUCUUGGACAUCAAUGGUUGUGGCUUACACUCAGGCAUCUAGAUUGGAUGAGGCGUGCAGGGUAUUUAACGACAUGCCGGAUAAGAAUGCAGUUUCUUGGACCGCUUUGAUCACGGGUUUUGCGAGAAAUGGGCGUUGUUGUGAAGCUUUAGAUGUUUUUCAACAAAUGUUGGAAGAGGGGGUAAGGGCUAGUGCUCCAACUUUUGUUAGUGUCCUAGACGCUUGUGCAAGUGAGGCUCUUAUAGGAAGAGGUAAACAAGUCCAUUGUCAAAUUUUCAGAUGUAGCAACUUGUUGUUGAAUGUGUAUGUUUGUAAUGCUUUGAUUGACAUGUAUGGUAAGUGUGGAGAUAUGAAAUCAGCUGAAAAUUUGUUUGAGAUGAGUCCUGUGCGGGAUGUUGUGUCUUGGAAUACAUUGAUAACUGGAUUUGCACAGAAUGGUCAAGGGCAUGACUCACUUGCUGUUUUCAGAAGGAUGAUAGAAGCCAACAUAGAGCCCAAUCAUGUCACAUUUCUUGGGGUGCUAUCUGCUUGUAGCCAUGCUGGUUUAGAUAAUGAAGGGCUAGAGUUGCUUGAUUUGAUGGAAAGGAAAUAUGGAGUGAAAGCUAAAGCUGAUCACUAUGCUUUGUUAAUUGAUUUGCUUGGGAGGAAAAACAGACUCAAGGAAGCAAUGUGGUUAAUUGAGAAAGUGCCUAAUGGAGUUAAGAAUCACGUCGCGGUCUGGGGGGCGGUGUUGGGUGCUUGUCGCGUUCACGGGAAUUUGGACCUUGCUGGCAAGGCUGCAGAAGCUUUGUUUGAGUUAGAACCAGAAAACACAGCUAGAUAUGUCAUGCUAGCAAACAUUUAUGCUGCAUCUGGCAGAUGGGGUGAUGCUAAUAGAGUUAGAGCAGUAAUGAAGGAGAGGUGUUUGAUGAAAGAACCAGCUCGUAGUUGGAUUGAGUUAAGGAAUGGGAAACAUGAGUUUGUGGCCAAGGACAGGUUCCAUCCACAGAUUGAAGAGAUACAUGAAGUGAACAGUAAAUUAGUUCUUCAUUUGAAGGAUGCCGGAUAUCAACCUUAUAUCGAUUACCCUUUUCUUCCUGAUGAGGAUGAUGGUUUUCUACUUUAAUUUGAUCAGCCUUUAAG